AUGGUAAGAGCUAGCUCUUGCAUGUCAUCAAUGUCAGCCUUGAAAAUUCAAUCAGUAGGAGACGUUUAUUAUCCUAAUGUAAGUUUAGAUGAAACUUACAAUUAUACUUUAAAAUUAUUGAUAUUAGAUUAUAUUAAUGAACCAAGGUUUAACUCUGUCAAGGUUGAUUUACAGGGUAAAUCUAACGUCAUUCAAAGAAGAAUUCAACCAAAUGUAAAUUCCAACAACAGUGAUAUUAACAAGAACAAAAUAGACCACCAUGUCGAUGAGUUAACUGAAAAAGAAAUUUUAGAUAAGAUUGCGAUAAAAUUAAUUGAUUAUUUGAAUAAGGUAGCCAUGAAGGAAGUUACAGUUUCCGACUCAAAUACAAGAAGAUCACUGUUAAAAUUCUAUAAUGACAUAUACUUGGGUUCAGAUAAUAAUGUAAAACUUCGAACUUUUAGGAACUUUGAAGAAUUGCUAAUAUCAUUUAUAAAGGUUGCCAACUUAGAAAUCCAGAAGUUACAACUAACAGAUCAAGCUGCAACACUGCAUACGCAACUGGACUGUUUUAUUAAGAUCUUAAUAUCAAUACUUCCUAACUCAUUAUCAAGAAAACACAAGGAAACAUUAAGCUAUUAUAAAAGUCUUAUAAAAGAUCAAGAAAACUUCGAUAGAAACAAAGUUAUAUUUACUACUACGCAUUUAGAUAAUUAUGGGAUUAGAUCUCAAGGAUCAGAUACGAACUUAACGACUCAAAACACUGGAAAAGUAAGAAAACCAACAUUUAGAGUUAAAGAAAUAAGCCACUCCAAUUAUCUUAUGCAACUAUUUGAUAUUAAUGAGAUAAAGUUUCAGCAAGACGUCAUUAAAGUAAUAAAAGAAUCCGAUAAUAAUAUGUAUGUAACAGAAUUAGGAUUUAUGGAAAGCAAGAUUAUCAAUGAUCGCUGGGAUGUGAAACCUCACCAGUUUACUCAAAGAACGCAUAUUUUGAUACCAGAUGCUCGACAAGACAUAUAUUUAACUUUGGUAAAAUUAGUGUUACAGAAGGAGUUAAAAAAGGGCUCCAAAUACCUUGAAUUAUCAUCCGAUGCAUGGUAUUUUAUACUUAGAACUGCCAAUUUCUGGGGAUUGAAUUAUUAUUCGACACUAUCAUCUCUUAUUUAUACAGCCGCCAAUCUCAGUAUAUUAAAAGAAACAGAGAUUGAUGUGGAUAUAAUUAGUAAUCUCCUUACAGUUAUUUAUAAACGAAUUUUAACAAAAACAGAGUAUCGAAAUAUAUCAUCAUGGAACGCCAAGGAUCAGCAAAUGUGGAAUUUAAACCUAUAUCAUACUUCAAAUCAAUGUUUAUAUUCCCUGACUAAAUUAGUCUAUGAUUUGUUCAACAAACAUAAACCAAAAUUUUCUGAGCUUUUAGGGUUUUAUCACAAACAUAUUAUCGAUGCGCCGUCAUUCAAGUUAUUUUGCGAGGAGAAUAAUUUAGAUAUCAAGAACUUAUGGUUGAAGACUAUAAAAAGAGCAAUAUUCAAAGUUAAUGAAAACUAUUACGUUUUUCUUUUAAAAAAAUUACCUAAGAAUAAUGAUAUAACAACAAAACAUCUAAAAUGCUUAGUAAUUGAGAUUUUAGAUGAAAUAGCCAUAUUACGGAGGAAAUACCCUAUUCUUCUUCUUGAUUCUAUAAUGAUUGGUAAUGAGUGUCUAUCAUGUCUCACAAAACUUCUCUCUAGCGACAUAUUAAUGUUAUGGAAACAUAUACAAACCGUUGGUAGUAAUAUUCCUCCAGUAACUUCAUUAGAGACAUAUACAACCUUGUCAGAACUUCGAAAAAUAUACACUGAGGUACAUUCUCAAGCAGUAUUUCCCUUCAAUAUUGAAAAUAUAUUUAUCAAUGAUCUCUUCUCAUUAGCAGAUGAUAUAUCUAGAAAUAUAAAUAACAGUGUUACAAACAUCAUUAAAACAGAAAAAUGGGAUAUGCUGAAUGAACAAGUUAAGCAUAGUAUUGCUGUUAUAGAUAUAUUUAAAAUGUUUAAUGAAUCUAUUUCAAUAUUUUUCAAUCUAGGAUGGAAUAACAAUUCUCACCUUAAUUUAAUAAUAACUUUUAUUUUAAAGACAUUUUCCAAUUCAUUGUCCCUUUAUGCUACUACUGUUUUCAGAAUGGUAAAUUAUGAUUUAACAAAUGAUAACACAAUUCAAGAAUAUCAAUUUCAACAAGAUAUACUUAAAGAGGUGAAUACUUUACAUUCUACUGACAUAAGCAAAGAUACAGCAUGGAAUUUUACUGCUAUGAAGAAUAGUUUAUUAUUUAGGAAACAAAAAUUUCCAAAACCAUAUGAAUUUUCUAAGAGGGCAUGUAUAAUAUUAAACAAUACUAGCAAAAUGCUAUCAAUGGUUGAUACAGUUGAAGAUACUAUUUCGAAAAUUAACAUCGCUAAAGUAUCAAAUUAUAAUACUUAUUCUAACGUGUUUAAGGUUAACUUGAAUACAAUUUAUACAGUUAAAAUAGUUUCUGCCAAUAAUUUGCCAGAAAUUACCAAUAAUAGCUUGAAUGGUACUUAUGUGUCAAUAAUUGAUUCAACAAACAAGAUCGAAAUAGCAAAAACUCAUUUAGUAUGUGGCAAGUCAAAUCCAAAUUGGAAUCAAGAAUUUCAGUUCGAAAAACCAUUUAAUGAGGAUAUAAACUUGAGUGUCAUACUAUGGAAUAAAGUUAAUGGCUUAAUGAAAAAACAUGAAAAUUAUGAAACCUGUGGUAAAGCAUCACUAUCGUUUGAUGAUAAUAAUUUCAAAAGAAAUGGUUUACCGAACCAUGUAGUAUUACAAUUGGACACACAAGGUGAAAUAAAUUUACAGGUUUCUAUCGAAGAAGAACAAUUUGACUCAUUUUUUUAUAUUGGAAAAAUAUAUAGAACUUUAGAAACAUCACAGGAGAAGAUAAUUCAGAAAAUAGUUCAAAAAUUCAAGGAGUUUAUUUGUUGUACAUUUUCAAGGAAUUCGUUAAAAAUAUUGCAUGGCAAUAGUGGAUCACACAAGGCUUCGAAGGAACAGAUAAAUGAUGUUUUAGUACCAUUUUUUGAUUACCUUAAUGCAAAUCUUGCUAUACUAGCAAUGUGGCUAGCAGAAUAUUUAUUACAUGAGGUAAUGUUGAAGGUUUGGGAUGAAGUACUAAAUGUUGCAUAUGAACUAUUAUUACCACCCCUUUCAAUAGCUGAUACAAAACGUGAGUAUUCUAAAAUCUCAAGUUGGGAUGAUUCAUUGAAAGAAACGCUAUUUAAUAAAAACUUUAUUAAAGGAUAUGGUAGACAAUUAACUCAGAUUGAAACAGAAACAGUAUUUACCUGGUUAAAUAUACUCUGUAUGGAAUUUUUUUAUAAUAACGGAGAGGGCCCUUCUCUUGUCGAACUUAAAAGUGAAAAAUAUAGAGAAAUACUAAUAAUCCCUCUGUUUUACGACAAGUCUGAUUUUGAGUUAAUGGAAGAGAUUGAAAUUUUAUCCAGCUCAUUUGUCAAAUACUUAAAUAAAUGCAUAUCACAUAAUAAUUCUACAAAUAAUUUUAAUUUGAAAGCCACACUUAUCUCUAGACAAAAAACGAUCAUAGGAUGUAGCUCAAAAUCAAAAAGGAACUAUAUUAGGGAAGCUUUGAUCAAACAGAAUGAAGAUAUUUUAGAGAAAUCAGUAGUUAAAAUGGAUUUAAUUCUAAGAAUAUUACUGUCACGAAAACAUUUUAAAUUUGUUCGAGAACAUUUAAACUGGAGAAGGGAAAUGAAGAAUAAACUUCUCAUUGAAAGGAGAGUCAAUGAAGCAGUCAACUGGAAUUUUUUAAAUAAUAAAAUAUCUAAAAAAAGUAGUAUUAAAUAA